UUAUGAAGCUAACACUAGCAGCUAACAGGCUAACAGGCUAACUGUAGGACACUGACAGCGGUCAAACGUACAAGGCAAACUAGUUCGAUUCCCAGCGGUGGAGCACUGUCACUGGGUAUCAAAAUAUGCACUCAGGUGAAAAUGUGUCAGACGUCGGAGACAAAUGUAUGAAAAUGAUGAAGUUGUCUUACAGUCGCCUCUUGUCCCCGGUCUCCUGCUCCGGUCCCGAGCCUCAGGUGUCACCAGCGAACUCCUUCAGGAACUGAGUGAUGAUUUGUAUCAGAAGAUAGCAGCAGAGAUGAACCUUUCAGAAACAGCAUUCAUCACCAGGAUCAACCCCUCUGACAAUUUUACUACAGGAUCAAGGUUCCACCUUCGAUGGUUUACACCAACCAAUGAAGUGAAUCUGUGUGGUCAUGCCACUCUGGCCUCUGCAGCAGUGCUGUUCCAGUAUAAUAAGAAUGUGAAUCCCAUACUGGUGUUUGAGACCAGGAGUGGAGAUCUGGCUGUCACCCAGAAGGGGGAAGGGUACAUCAUGGACUUCCCUCUCAACGCACCCACCCCAGAGGAUCCCAAUGAGUUCAGAGACAUCAUCAAGGUUGCAGUUGGAAACCACGCAGUCCAGGAAGUCUAUCUAAGCUCUAAUACUAAGAAACUGCUGAUUCGGCUGGCUGACAGCUGUGACAGGUCAGUGCUAACCAGUCUGAAAAUUGACCCUGUUGCUCUUCAGAGCAGUGACAAGAGUGGAAAAGUAGGAGGAGUAAUCGUCACCAUGAAAGGAUCCCCGGAUUGCCAGCCGGGAUACGACUUCUACUCCAGAUUCUUUGCUCCGUGGAACGGCAUUCCUGAGGAUCCCGUCACUGGUUCUGCCCACACUGUGCUAGGAAGCUACUGGUCCAAGAAACUAGGAAAAAAGAAAAUGCUGGCUUACCAGUGCUCCAGACGAGGUGGAGAGCUGGAACUAGAAGUGAGAGACGACGGAAGAAUCAAUAUAGCUGGACAGACUGUCACUGUACUGCAGGGAACAAUGAAACUGUAGCAACAGACACAUGCAAGCAAAGAGGGUUGGGAAUGAUGGGUCAUUAUGUACCUGCACACAGAAGCAGACGCAGGUUUCGUACCAUUUCGUAAAAAAAUUUGAUGGUUUAAAUAAAAAGCAGAACAAACUAC